CCGUGAACGCAGCAGCAGCAGCAGCAGCAGCAGCACGGUGGCUCGUCGCUCUCAGCAGCCACAUCACCAGCAGCAGCAGCAGCGGCUGCAGUUACAGGUUCCGCACUCAGCCGAGGACUGGAGGAAUAGCAACAACACACACAGAGAGAGAGAAGAAGGAGAAGGAGAGGCGGACAUUUCCUUCACAUACACAGGCCGUGCAGAGGAUCCACACAUAGGAGAGCACCUACAAACUCAACACAAACAGAGCCAUGGUGGAAUACUACCAGAUAUUAGGAGUCCAGAAAAAUGCAACGCAAGAGGACAUCAAAAAAGCUUACAGAAAACUGGCAUUGAAGUGGCAUCCAGACAAGAACCCAGACAACAAGGACGAGGCAGAGAAAAAGUUCAAAGAGCUGUCAGAGGCGUAUGAAGUGCUCUCCGAUGAAAGCAAGAGGAAUACUUACGACCGAUACGGCAAAGAAGGCCUUUCAGGAGGAGGAGGUGGAGGAGGGGGAGGCCACUACGAUCACUUUGGCAGCAGCAACUUCACAUUCCGUAAUCCCGAGGACGUUUUCAGGGAAUUCUUUGGUGGCAGAGAUCCGUUUGCAGAUUUUUUCGCUGAUGAUCCAUUCGAUGAUUUCUUCGGAGGUAGUCGCAGCCGUCAGAGGGGCGCGAGCCGAGGCAGGAUGGGGGGAUCGCUCUUUGGUUUCGGGAGCUUCCCAGCGUUUGGGUCUAGCUUCUCAGGGUUUGAUACAGGUUUUAGCUCAUUUGGAGACAUGGGCGGAGGAGGAAUCACUUCCUUCUCUUCUUCAUCUUUUGGCGGUGGCGGAGGAGGAAUGGGUAACUUCAGAUCUGUGUCAACCUCCACCAAGUUCAUCAACGGCAGAAAAAUCACAACAAAACGGAUCGUGGAGAACGGCCAGGAGCGGGUGGAAGUGGAGGAGGACGGUCAGUUAAAAUCCUUAACAGUUAAUGACAUCGCAGCCGAAGACCCCUUGGAGGAAGAGUACCGUCGCCGCAGACAGAACGCACUCCCUGGCCACGGCCUCCACCAGCGCUACCUGAGGAACUCCCCCCAAAACCCCUUGGAGGAAGAGGAGGAGCAUGGCCUACAGAGCCUGGGACUAACGAGAGGACACACAGACACCAAGAGGAAGAAACUGUGGCUAAAGGAUGCAGAGUCCAAGAAGAAAAGGACUCCGCGGCUCUUCCCUCGGUUUGGUGGACUUGGUACCUUUUUUUAAAACACACCCUCAACCCACUUAGACACACAUAUAUUUAUUGGCAGAAGCGCCAUCAAUCAUACGUGGCAUUAGUUCAUCGUUGCUAUGUAUCGAAGGGGCCGACAUCCCCACUGCUGUGCCCAUAUCUCCUCUUGUCUAUCAGCUGCAGUGCAAAGCAUAGCUGCCUGCUUUCAUCAGCCUGCAGAGACCUCACUUCAACGUUUUUUCUUUCUGUCCAAGAUACUUUUUUUUUUUAGUUAGCUAAGCUUUUGCUGUUGCUGUAUUUAUUGUGGGUGGGCCCUGUGGAUGUACAGCGAGCAUUCAGAUCCUUAAUUAAUCUCCUGUGAUUGAACUUUUUUUUUUUUUUGCAGAAAGUGUGUGUGAAAGAGUUCAGGUAGGGAAGGAGGAUUACAGUAGCCAUCGUGUUUGUGAUAAGCGUGGAAAUUACUGCAGCAACAUUGUACGGCAUGUGAGAAUAAGUGAAGGUCGGUCUAUUCAGAGAAACCUUUUUUCAACGGAGACAAGGAGAGAAAGGGCUACCUAGGCAAUGUGAGAGUAAAGCACAAUGAAAGCACUGAAGAGCGAGUUUUAGGAAAGAGGAGGAGAGGAACACAUUCUCCUCACUCCUCCAUCAUACAUGAAACGUGACAAUGACAAUGAUCACCCUGGCAGUAACAUCCCACAGGGUGAGAAAUAGCUGUUAACCCCUCUCAAAGUCUUUUUUUCCCUCUUUCUACUGAGUGGAUACAGCAACAUGUCAACCUUCCAUCAGUAUUUUCUUCAAUGAUUUCUCUUCUCUGGUUUGUCCUUGACACGUCGUUCUCAUGAUGACUGUGAGUGGAAAUGUAGAAAUGUUCAUUUUUUUAUGGACUCUUACUAAUAAAUGCUUCAAGAACAC